GAUCGGUGUGGGUCGUUUAGGCCCAGUGUAAUGUCUGAAACAAUUUGCAAGGGGUUAACUUCUCACGAGGUGACGUUGGGCCAUUGAAAACGGUAGCAGCUAGUAGUCGGUGUAGUAUUUAAGCGGCCGUCGCGCUUGCACCAUCAUCGAGUUUCAAUUAGUCCUUCAAUCAAUCCAGUGCAGUGAUCUCAAAAUGAAUUACUUUUUCUUUUUCUCUGUUAUCGCUGCCAUCGCAGCUAGCGUACAUGGUUGGGGUUAUCGAGCUUCGGAUCAGCGCCGUUGGGCAGUUCUCCACCCAGCAUGCGGAGGUCGUCAACAAUCCCCCAUAGCUAUCGCUGCGCGCCAAGCUAUACCCAUCUCUAUCCCAGCUAUGGAACUUAUAGGCUACCAAAAUCCCUUGCCUGGCCCUCUUACCAUCACUAAUAAUGGACAUUCCGUGGCCCUAACCAUCCCGAAAUACAGUUCUGAGGAAGAAAAGAAAGGCUUCCGUCUCCCUUAUAUAUUCGGUGGCCCCCUUGACAACGAGUAUGAAAUCGAAGGCCUGCACUUUCAUUGGGGGGACAAAAACAAUCGUGGUUCUGAGCACACCCUCAACGACAUGAGGCUGCCCCUUGAGAUGCAUAUCAUCCACAGGAACAAGAAGUACAGGAAUCUCGCCGAAGCCCUCCAGCAUCCUGAUGGUCUUUGUGUUCUUGCUUUCUUUUAUCAGGUGGUGGAAUUCGACGCGAAGCUGCUGACUCCCAUAGUGAAGAACCUGACUGCCAUCGAGAACUACAACACCAGCAUGCAGUUGCCACACACCUUCUCGCUUUCUUCCAUUCUGUCUGGUCUUGAUACCGAACGUUUCUACACUUACAAGGGCUCACUGACCACGCCCCCCUGCGCUGAGGCUGUGACGUGGGUCGUCUUCUCCGACUACCUCCCGAUCUCUGUUUUCCAGAUGGAUAACUUCCGUGGCCUCCUAUCCAACUUGAACCUACCUCUCGUCGACAACUUCAGGCAACUGCAACCUCUCUUCGGACGCCGCAUAUUCGUCCGGAUCACCUCUAAGAAUCCUAAAUUCAAAAAGACCAAGCUCCACUACUCCAAGUGGGAUUGGGUUGGACACAAGAAAGCCGAAAAUGACGUAGCCGAAUUUGAUGAGUAAAUAUAGUUAUAAGUAAAAUAAAAUAUUGAUAAACAAGUCGCUACUAAACUGCAUUCCAAAAGAUUUCCAGUCGCAUGUUCUCAAUUACGGGUAUUUAUAACAUUUAUUUGAUACCAAAUGCUGUUAUUUAAUGUUUCAUUACUUUAAAUAAGGUUGCGUGCUCUUGUAUAAUAUUGUAUAAUUGUAAAAAGUAUUAUUGAUAAUGUACGCUCCGAUUAAAUGAACGCACCGCUGUGGUGGCGCUGAGAGACGUGGGUACUAAUUAUGACAACAGCGAAAAUCUGAUACAUAUACAUCGUCCAUCGAUCACACCAGGCAAUGUUAUCAGUUAUUUUUAAAAUUAAGUAGCAUCUUUUAUAUUAGAAAUCAAUAUAG